GCGGCGCCCCGAGCACCCUGCGCCUCGCGUUCCAUCAGCCCCCGCGCCCCCCGGUUUCCGGAGUCCCCGGUCCCCCCAAGUCCCGACGGCGGCCGGCCAGCGCCCGACUCGGGGGGAGCGCCGCCUGCUCCGCUUUCCCGCGCCAUGGCCGCCUCCGACUUGUCCACCAACCUCCAGGAGGAGGCCACCUGCGCCAUCUGCCUCGACUACUUCAUGGACCCGGUGAUGACCGAUUGCGGCCACAACUUCUGCCGCGAGUGCAUCCGGCGCUGCUGGGGCCAGCCCGAGGGCCCGUACGCCUGCCCCGAGUGCCGCGAGCUGUCCCCGCAGCGGAACCUGCGGCCCAACCGCCCGCUGGCCAAGAUGGCCGAGAUGGCGCGGCGCCUGCACCCGCCGUCCCCGGUGCCCCAGGGCGUGUGCGCCGCGCACCGCGAGCCGCUGGCGUCCUUCUGCGCCGACGAGCUGCGCCUGCUGUGCGCCGCCUGCGAGCGCUCCGGGGAGCACUGGGCGCACCGCGUCCGCCCGCUGCAGGACGCCGCCGAGGACCUCAAGGGCAAGCUGGAGAAGUCCCUGGACCACCUGCAGAAGCAAAUGGAAGAUGCCCUGCUGUUCCAGGCGCAGGCGGAGGAGACCUGUGCCCUGUGGCAGAAGAUGGUGGAGACCCAGCGGCAGAAUGUGCGCGCAGAGUUUGAGCGGCUGCGCCGCCUGCUGGCAGAGGAAGAGCAACGGCUUCUGCAGAGGCUGGAGGAGGAGGAGCUGGAGGUGCUGCCGCCGCUGCAGGAGAACGCUGCCCGCCUUGGGCAGCAGAGCGCCCAGCUGGCCGAUCUUGUGGCUGAGCUGGAGGGGCGCUGCCAGCUGCCGGCGCUGGGACUGCUGCAGGACAUCAUGGACACCCUGCGCAGGGUCCAGGAAGUGAAGCUGCAGCCGCCUAAGGUGGUGCCCAUGGAGAUGAGGACGGUGUGCAGGGUUCCGGGGUUGGUGGAGGCUCUGCAGAGGUUCCGAGGGGACAUAACGCUGGAUCCUGACACCGCUAACCCCGAGCUGGUCCUGUCAGAAGACAUGCAGAGCGUGCGGCGGGGGGACCUGCGGCAGCCCCUGCCUGACAGCCCCGAGCGCUUUGACCCCGGGCCCUGUGUGCUGGGCCGGGAGCCCCUGAGCUCCGGCCGCCACUACUGGGAAGUGGAGGUGGGCGAGCGGGCCAGCUGGGCCUUGGGUGUCUGCAGGGAGAAUGCUAACCGCAAGGAGAAGGGUGAACUCUUCUCAGGCAACGGGUUCUGGAUCCUGGUGUUCCUGGGGGGCUUCUACAACUCCUCUGAGCGGGCCUUUGCCCCCCUUCGAGACCCCCCCCGGCGGGUAGGCAUCUUUCUGGACUACGAGGCCGGGCACCUGGCAUUCUACAGCGCCACCGAUGGGUCACUCCUGUAUGCCUUCCCCGAGACGCCCUUCUCAGGGACGCUUCGGGCCCUCUUCUCACCUCUGUCUAGCAGCCCCACCCCCAUGACCAUCUGCCGACCCAAGGGAGGGCUUGGGGAUGGGCUGGCUUCCCAGUGAGCAGGUGUCUCAUGCCUUUGAGUCUUCGAGGGUGUCCUGAGCCGCAGGAAGAGCUCCCAGUGCCACUGUGUGUGCUUAGUAAAACCCCCUCCCUCUGUCAUCCCGGGAAGCCAUUCCUGGGGGGCCAGCAGCCUCUCCAGGUGACCCUCCAUGGCCGUGUGAUGUCACCAGUGCAUGGCUCACAGUCUGCACAGCCCAAGCCAGGGUCCUGGGGAGCUCUGUUAGCAGGAGCCCGGCUGGUCAGCGUUGAGGCCAGCGCCUGGGGAACUUUCUGAGGCUUCAGCCUGAGUCCUUGCCAGCUCCCGGGCUGCAUCCCCAAAGAGCUGCUGUCUUGUGAGAGUCCGUCAGCCUGUCUCAAGGUCUGGUCCUAGAAAAUGGUGCUGAAUGUGGAUGCCCCAUUAUUUGGGGUGCAGAAGUCAUCAGGAGAGAAGCGGGCAUGGGAAAGGCCAGAGGAAGAGUGCUCAGGGCAAAAGGUACUGCAUAAGGAGUCUGAGGAACCUGGGCACAAGCCCUCAAGACCCCCAGGUGCUCCUCCUCAUCCCACAGCACUGGCUGAGGAAAGACACUGGCCUUGCCUGGGGAAGGGGUGAAACUGCACAGAUCUCUCCACCCCAAUCCAGGAUUUCUAUUGGCUUGUUUUGGUGCUUUUUUCACAAGAAGCUGCGUAUCCCAAGAUUUUAUGUGUGGUAAGGACCAUCCUCACAGUAAAUAAACCAUUGUCUGUGA